UAAUAUGACUGCAUGGUCACAGAAAGCUCAAUUUUAAGGCCAGCAGAUUUAGUAAGCCAUUUGGAUCGCAUAUUGCUUUGUUUACUCUGAACCAGGAUAGUGGAGUAAAUCUUAGCAUCAGUGUUAGCUGCAGUGGUAACCGUGGAGUCUGGUUCGUCAUGGUCAAAUUUAACUUGCGAUAAGGCCGUUUAACAUUUAAACAACUAGAAGUGUCGCUCAGGCAUGAAAAGGAGCCGAUAUGAAGAGGAUUCGGCACAAGACAGUGGGCAGAGAGCGAACAAGCUCCCUCGGUCCGAGAUUGAAAGAAUUAUAUCAGAUAAAGUUGGGGCUGCAGUGGAGCAAUCUGACUUGAAGAUGAAAAAUUUGUUGGAGAGAAUCGGUGAGGUGAAUAGUGAACCACGGUAUGAUGCCAGAAUCAAGAAACUGGAAGCCCAUGUAAGGAAGAUAAAACGAAGAGGAGAUGCGGUAUUUGCAUAUAUCAGAAAAUUCAGAUCCUUAGAGAUUUCUCAUAGUCAGUCUCCCCCUUCUUUGAGUCCUCCUCCUGGCCAGACACAACGAUGCAUCUCUCCAGCCGAACCAAUAAUCAAUAUGUCAAGAAGUUCAGUCAACGGAGGCUGUUUCAGUGACAACGCUUCAGUGUCAUCAGCAGUCAAUGACUGUAUGAUGUCCACAUUGAGAAGACCAAAGAAAGGGUUCUGGCAGAGCUUGCGGUCUAAGAAACAGGUCGUUGACCUUACGGACGAAGACAGAGCAGCCAGACUGAAUGAAGAGAGCCUGGUUACCCAGCCACCGGUUCAGAAAUUGGUACCUUCAAAACCAGAACAAUCGAAACCUUCAAGUACGCCACCCAAAACCAUUAAAGAAGAAAAACAGAGUGUUACGGAGGAGCACCGUGUCAGUUCUCCAGUACAGUUGGAAAAGGAGGACUGGCACUCCAAACUCCAUCCUUUUCCGGCCACUCCAUUCCCCAAGGAGCUUCCGGUUGUAGCUGCCUCUCAUAACUUGCCCCAGAAGCCAGUGGUGAAACUAGCUCGGAUUGGAAGUGCACAAGAACUAGGCAUCGCAUGGAACGUUGAUCGGAAAGAUCCCCAUGUAGCUGAGAUGGAUUCCUACUACAUUUAUGUUUCCCAUGAACACAAAAACGGCACUUUUUCUGAAUGGAAGUGCCUCGGAGUGAUCAAAGCCAUGCCUCUUCCUAUGGCCUGCAAGGUGUCUGACUGCAAAGGAGAUAAACGACUGUGUUUCAUCGUUGUGGGAAAGGAUAUAUUUGGCCGUUAUGGGCCGUACAGUGACAUACGUACUGUUGCACCAGGACAAAUAUGAUUUUGGCAAUGAUUCUCCUGUGUAUCGAAACCCUUGUUCAUAUAUGGAUUCAAGAAGGAUGAAUGUGACUUUAUAUUGAAACAUGGAGUAAUUCAUUUUUUAAGAUUUGAAUUUCUCAAAAGAUGUUGAGUUCAGUAAAAAUAAAGUUAAAGCUGCUGUUUUUCUUUUUUUUUUUUUCAUCUUAUAUUUGAAAGGCAUUACCACAAAAGUAUUAAGAAAGAAGCUGUUGUCUUGUAUUGUUUUUAUUGGUUAUAAAGGUACAAAAUGAUUUCAUUUGCCUCUGGCCUUCAUAAUAUGAAGUCUUUAGUGGUAUGAGUCAACGAAGCAAUCACUAGCCAUAAUAGAUGGGAGUGAAAUCCGAUUGUUAAUGUCUAAUGUAAGUGGCAGAAAAACCAUUUGAGAGACAUUUGUUUCCUUUAAUGACUGCAUUUGAGGAUUCUACUUCAUGCUGCUGCAGAAAUGCUAUUCAACUCUAAUGAAGAUACAACACUGAAUCCAAUGUUCAUUGGGUCUAGACCAGUCUCAGAAAUAUGACUUCUGACUUACCAAAUGUUAAAGUCUUGAAUUCAGUUUCAUUCCAUUUUCUGCCAUAAGACAAUACCUUGAUACUUAUUACUUGACUUCAUCUUUAUUUUAUUUCACAGAGGAUGCAAGGUUUGUAACAACUGUGACAUUGUCAUAAAAGAUCAUUUUUCUAAAAUG